CGCGCCAGUCUUGCGGCUCUGGGUUGCGCCCUGUUUGGACGGGCGGCGUUCGUUCCUUCGUUCUGGGUCGCUGCAAAGGCCCGAUGCUACAGAGAGAUGCGGUGCUCAGAACUGGCCGGCAGAGAUCGACGCACAAGUGAGGUGGCUUGAGAUAUCUUGACAUGGUCGUAUUUGAAAGGGGACCCUCCAAUACUCCCCCAUAAAAGGAGACUCAAUUUCGUGGCUUGACGGAUUGAAAAGCUUCCCAGACAGGACACAGAGCUUGAGCAGGAGAACCAAAGUCAGAUGUGUCAUGAGUAUUGUAGAAUUUUCACAUUCGAUCGGCAUUGUUGGCGUCUUUGAGAGGAUCCAGCUCUUUCCGAGAAGGUGCUGCUGCGUGCUUCGAUGACGAUUUGAGCUGUUUGGACACUAGGAAGGCCCACGCGGCCCAGACCGCUCUGCCCGGAAGGCCACGUUCAUGAGAGAUGAGGAAUCUGAAGAGCUCUUGGGACAGUUUGGGCAAUGGUUCGUAUGGGAGUCCAGCAGCAAGGCAGCUGAGCUGGCUUUGCAUCCCUUUGACGAACCACCUCAGGUUCCACCCGGCGAAGAGGCCUGGAAACGACUUGGCCCCAAAAUCAAGAACUACCUCCAAGGACUCACUGGUGCAGUGCAAUCCUUGCUGGAUGAGUUGGAAUGCGAGAAGUCCUUCUACAAUGAGGCUUGGGCUGCACAAGGACUUGGCUCUCGGCAUUUGUCGGUGGCAUCAAGUGCUAUGGUGGCAGCAGUGAGACCUCGUGUGGAGCGGCUCAAGCUGGGGGUGUGGCCAACGGAGUCAUCUGUGCUGGAAGUGCCACCUGGUGGAGGGCGACUCAUUCAAGUGCUGGAGGCCUUGGACCGGGAAGCCAGCAGGCAUCGUGAGUCUAAAGCCAUCUUUGAACCUCUGGUGGACAUCCUUGUGCCUCACGUUACUGCGGCGCUGACGCACAGCCUGAACACCUUAGACAGGGACAUCACCUCUCAUGCCUUGGACGGCAACCCGGAUGCGAUCUUUGUUCCUUUGCAGCCACCAACCACGAUCUUUUGCGAGGCAGUAGUGACACUCUGGAGAUUUAUCCACGAUGCUUUGGAUGCUCCCUUGAGCCUUGGAUUGCCUGUGGACAUUGUUACAAGCCCCUUCAUGGUCUUUCUCAAGGAGGUGUUGCCUCGCAGCAGUGAGCGGCUCUUGCGUUCUUGCGAAAAAGGAGAAGCGUUCAGGAUGUCCAGUCGAGCUGCCAAAGUUGCUGCGGAGCUCAAGUACACCAAUUGUCAAAUUGACUCGGACCAGGAGGAGGUGGCUGGCAAGGCCGAUGACACAAAGCGAUCUGGGAGGAGCAGGAGAAAGCUUUUUACCAGAGCUGACAGAAGCUUCGUGGAAGAAACAAAGAAUGUCACGCUUGAGGCCAAUCUGCUGGAAGUGAAUCCACAAGUGGUGGUGACAUCUGUUCAACAGGUCAUGGUCCGCCUGGCUUCCAUCGGAUUCUGCUGCGGCGAGCUGGCUGAAGUCCAGGCGAAGCUCUUCAAGAUGAUCAAUUCUGGAGAUGAUGAUGGCUGUCCAACGGCUCGCCACAACGAAGCUCGGAUGCUGAUUUGUGAGGAGCUUCCAGACUUGCAGGAAACCCUGUUGUAUCAGGGACAGACGUUGGCCAGGUAUCUGGCAGCUCGUUUGGUUUACCACGAGUUGCGGUCAGAGCUUUUCGAAAAGCUCUACUUCAAGACUCCUGUGAUGACCACAGGUCCGGGUAGCCCAACGCCGUCUGCAAGCUUUACACCGGGGAGCUUCACACCCAGGAGUGCCACACCAGGUGCGGCCACGAAUGCAACAACGGGCUCAUUCCUCCAAGAGGGCGGAGCCUUGCUGACACUGAAGGAUGUGGUCCUCAGUCGGCAAAACAGCUUUCUGAGCUUGAUUGAGCAGACCCCUACCAUUCUGCUCGUGAGCUUCGUGGGCGAGCUGGGCAUUGAGUUGACCCAUGCGUGGCUAUAUGUAAUUGUCGACUACCUUCGCAAACAGAAGCUGGACCAGAUUUAUGACUACCUGGAGAGCGAUCAAGAAGCUUUAAGCCGAUCGAUUGAAUCGAUGAUGCAAAUGACACGCAAACGGGUGCAGACUACAGCUCUAGGAGGCUUGACCCAUGAGGACUGUCGGAAUGUGGAGAAGAGGCUUGAAGAGGUGCAGCGGCUCUCACAGUGCUUGAUUGAAGAAAUCCACUCUCGAACGGCCGACGAGCUGGCUCGCUAUGCGGCGAAGGUUCGAGGAGAAGCAGAUGGCGAUACCUUCGCACGUGAACGGUCCACAACACCACCCCCAGGUGUCAAACCCCAACCCAGGUCUACAUCUCCAGCAAACGCUCGGACCCAAUCAUUCCCCCACGGUGAAGUCCUGCUUUCCCCGCGGUGUCCCUCUCCGCAGCUGCCGGACAGCCCAGAUGGUGGGAGUAGCAAAAGGUCUGCGAAACAGUUGUUUCAACAAGCGUGGAAAGCGACAAAGCGGCUUGGCAAAGGGCACAAAGAAAAGCACGAAGGGCACAACUAAAACGGAUUGCAUAGGACAGCGCAACCGGCCAAGACUGGUCCUUCUGAGAAGGAUUCAGCUGUAAGUUUUAGAUUUGGAG